CCUCCCCAGCUUCCUCUGCCCGGAUUCUCAGUGGCCUGGAGUGCUGGGAGGCGGCUGGUGCACUUGGCUUCUGAAGACCACUCAGAUAAAGAGAGGAAAUGCGGUCAUCAGCUUGAAGAAUGCUAGAGAUUUGGGGCUGCAGCUCCCAGAAGCCACUCCUGAUCUACGCCCUCGGUCUCUCCCUGGACCGCCCUCGGCUGUUCCCUGUGAGACCGCAAAGGCCUCCUGAAAUGUCCCCCUUUAGGGACUGGGGCCUGCCCAUAGUCCUUCUCACCCUGCUCUGCUGCCCAGGGUCUGGUGAGGAAGCAUUUGUCGUAUACAUGUCACCAGAGCAGGUGGUGGCUGAGCCCAAUGGGUCCUUGGAGGUCAACUGCAGCACAAACUGUUCCCAGCCACAAUUGGGGGGUCUGGAGACCAGCCUAACCAAGACUGUACUGGAUGAUCAGCCUCAGUGGAAGCGGUUCUUGGUCUCAAACAUCUCCCAGGACACAAGCCUCGAAUGCUACUUCACCUGCUCAGAGAAGCAGCUGUCCAAGAAUGCCACUGUCAGCGUGUAUCACCCUCCAAAGCAGGUGAUGCUGAAGCUGCGGCCCACCCGGGUGGCCAUGGGGCAAUCCUUCAUCAUUGAGUGCAAGGUGCCCACUGUGGCACCCCUCAGGAGUCUUACCCUCACCCUGCUCCGUGGCAAUGAAAUGCUGCACAACCAGACCUUUGAGCAGGCAACAGCUGCCCCCGAAGAAGCCGUAGCCAUACGGAAUGUCACAGCUCACUGGGAGGACGGCCACCACAACUUCUUGUGCCGGGCGGAGCUGGACCUGCGCUCUCUCGGCGGCAGCAUCAUUAGCAGUGUCUCGGAGCCCCAGGCAUUGGAGGUCUAUGGCCUUGAACAGAACAACCAGAUGGUCAUCAUCAUCACAGUCGUGUCAGUGCUGCUGUUCCUGUUUGUGACGUCUGUCCUGCUGCGUUUCUUCAGACAGCACCAGCACCAGAAGAGGACAGGUGCCUAUGGGGUACAAGAAGCCUGGCAAAGGCUGCAAAGGGCCUACCGGACACCGCCAGCAUGAGUGGCAGGGCCAUGGCCAUGGUGGUGGCCUCUGGACCUCAGUGCGCUUCCUAAGGGUUGUGGCCAGCCCUGGCUGAAGAAAUGCAUGACUAACAGCAACUUGGGGACAUUUCCUUUCCUAGUCUGAAUACUAACACCUGGACUUAAUUGUGUGCCCUCAAUGUCUUAUUCUGGGAUAAUACCCAACACCAGUAGGGGUGGAUUUAUCUCCCUCGGCUUUCCUCCCACCCUUUCCUUCACAGGGGCUCUACCAGAGCCUCAGUCAGCCCAGGCUCUGGGGAGGCCCCCUGUUGUCCAGCACAGGCACCAGAGCCCUCCCCACCCAUUUAGCCCUGAGUGACUCUUUUCCCUGAGGGAGGGUGGGGGAAAGGCACCCUGGCCCGAUGGGGCAGAGAGCUGCUCCGUUCCCACUCAGCUUCCAGGACCUCAGGCUCUCUAGGUUGGAGUAGGACAUAGCUGCUGAGCUCUCUGUUCUGCCAACAAUGCCAACUUCCUGGGGUGGGGGCAGGGCGCCAAGGGAGCUGGCUCAGCCCCAGGGCCAUCCCCAGCCAGGCUUCUCCCCACUUGCUAUGAGCCCCUCUACCCAUCACUCUAGGCCUUCAAAAGCUGUGGAAAACAGAAGUGGUACCCUGCCCCCCUCCCAUUCUUAGGCCAACAGGAGACCCUGAGCUUUGUCAGCGCAGAGCGUGGGGUAAGGAACGAAAUUAAGGGUAGGGCACUGGUUCCCAGGCCUCCCCUCUUCUAGACAGGAACCAGUGGGGCAGAGUUGGGCUUUUGUGUGGCUGCCAGGCCCUGGGUGGUGGUCUAGAAGGCUCUCAUCCCAGAGCCAAGGUCAGUCUGCUAAGGAUCACAGUGAGGUGCAGGGGGGGCUGAUUUAGCUGGAGGAGAGGGUGGGUGGGUUCAGGGCGGAAGCACAGGCCACAGGCACAUGGAGGCCCAGGGUGCCUUCCACCCUCUGACGAAGCUGGCACAGGUCCAGGGCCAGCAUCCAUCCUCAUGGCAGGCUCUCAGCGUCAUAGUAAUCUGGAGGAGACACAGCAUCCUCACCUUUUCUCCCUCCUGCCUCAGUGGACCUCAUGGUGAGGUAGGCACUUCCCCCUGCCCCACCGCCAUGGCAUCUGGCCUCUCUGGUCUCGUGAUCCACUCUAGGCCUGCACCCCACCGCCUACCCACCCGGUCCCCUACCUGAAGCCGGGAGCACAUCUACACCCACAGUCCCAGUGGCGCUGGGGAGUGGGGGCGGGGGCACAGCUCUCCUGUGAUGGGGGAGAUGAAGGACCCUAUCAGAGGUCCAGGGGUGGCCUCGGGGAUUUCAUCCAUGAGCAUCUCCACCCACCCCCAAACCCUGAUGAGCUCUUCUAGCCCCACCCCAGAGCAGGGCCCUGGCAGCAUACAGACCCCAGGCUCACUUACACCUCCCUCUUCCUGGGGGCAGGAGUACGGGGCUGAAUCCUGGGGGUGGCCUGCAGGUGGGACUGCCAUGAGGGAGGGGGUAGGAGAGGGGCUGGCCAGGGCAGCAGAGGGCCCAGGGUGGGCAGCGAGCAGGGCAAGUAGUGGUGGUGGACCACCAGAGGCCCUUCCUCCUGGAUCUCCAGCUCUUCCUCCUCCUCAGGCUCCUGGUGACUCUCCAGGUAGACCUGGGGAUUGUGGGAAAGGGGGAGGUGCGAAGAUGAUGACACAGGAUCAGGCUCUCCCUCCCCCACUCCUCUGUUCCCUUAAACAAUUUCUUCAGAUCCACACUGUAAUCACGGCUACUGUUUAUUGAGCAUCUCCCACCUGUGAGCAAGGCACUGUGUAGACAUUUAUUCCUUAUUUUGCAGAUGGCUAAACUGAGGCUCAAAGAGGUUGAAUAACUUGUCUAAGUUCACCUAGCUCUGGCCCAGGCUCCAUGGCUGUGGUCUCAGUCCACAUGAGCUCCUCCUCGGGGGCCAGCCCUGGCCAGUGGUUUGAGAAGCUCCUGCUAGUUCCGGUAAUUCUCAUAGCUUGGCUCAAGAGUAAAGUGGAAAAAAAAAAAAAUCAGUAAACAUGGUAAGAACUCAUUUUUGUUUAAAAAACCAUGUAUG